UCUACUAGGCUUCCUGUUUUUGCUUUGAUCGACCAUUAUCAAUGGAGCUUGAAGUUUCUGUGUUCUUUCAGUUCCUUUUUACCUCCUUUUCCUUCAUUAUGCUCUCUUUUAUCAGCUUGUACCUAUUGAGAUCAAAGCUCUGGUGCAACUGUGAAAUCUGCAAUACCUAUCUCACCUCUUCUUGGUCUCUAGAAUUCCAUAACCUUUGUGAUUGGUAUGCACAUCUGUUGAGAGAGUCACCUACCAAAACCAUCCACAUACAUGUUCUCGGAAACACCAUCACAGCAAACCCAGAAAACGUUCAGUACAUGCUCAAAACAAAUUUCGAAAACUUCCCGAAGGGGAAACCUUUCUCUACAAUCUUGGGUGACUUUCUGGGUCAAGGUAUUUUCAACGUGGAUGGUCAUCCAUGGAGGUUCCAGAAGAAGAUGGCGAGUCUGGAGCUGAAUAAGCAGUCGGUGAAAUCGUAUGCCUUUGAGAUUGUCAAUUAUGAGAUUAAACACCGGCUCAUCCCUCUUUUAUCGUCCUCGUCGGAGACAAAAGAUGUCUUGGAUAUGCAGGACGUAUUCAAGAGAUUCUCUUUUGAUAGCAUAUGUAAGUUCUCUUUUGGGUUGGACCCUAUGUGUUUGGAUUUGUCCGUGCCCUUAUCGGAGUUUGCUGUCUCCUUCGAUCUGGCGUCGAAGUUGUCGGCGGAGAGAGCCAUGACGGCGUCUCCUCUCAUCUGGAAGAUCAAGAGGAUGCUGAACAUAGGGAGCGAGAAGCAAUUAAGAGACUCCAUUAACAUAAUCGAUGUGUUGGCGAGAGAGGUUAUCGUGACAAAGAGGCAAAUGGGAUUUUCUACUCAGAAGGAUCUCUUGUCUCGCUUCAUGAGGAGUGUAGAUGAUGAGACGUACUUGAGAGACAUUGUCAUAAGCUUUCUCUUGGCUGGUCGCGACACAGUCGCGUCAGCUCUGACGAGCUUCUUCUGGCUUAUGACUACUCACAAGCUCGUCGAGUCAACAAUCCGGGCCGAGGCAGACAAAGUGCUCGGCCCCAGUGAAGGCCUGAAGAGCUUUGAACAACUGCAAGAGCUUCAUUAUUUACAAGCGGCUAUUUACGAGAGCAUGAGACUUUACCCUCCUGUCCAGUUUGAUUCAAAGUUUUGUGACAAAGACGAUGUUUUACCGGAUGGGACGUUUGUGAAGAAAGGGGCUAGGGUUACUUACCACUGCUACGCGAUGGGUCGGGUCCAAGAGAAUUGGGGACCAGACUGCAUGGAGUUCAAGCCGGAAAGGUGGUUGAAGGAAGGUGCUUUCUUCACGGAAAACCAUUUUAAAUAUCCGGUUUUCCAACCAGGACUUAGGGUUUGCUUGGGAAAGGAAAUGGCCCUGAUGGAGCUCAAAGUUGUGGCCCUUUCGUUGAUUAGAAACUUCGACAUCCAAACAACGACACAAUUUAAUGUGCCGCGAUUCUCACCGGGAUUGACAGCCACUUUCAGUGGUGGCCUUCCUGUGAGGGUGAGAGAAAAGGGGAAGCUACCAUCCUCAUAAGUCACAUCUGCUUAGCCAUACACAGGCCACACAAGCUAGAUGACUAGAUCAAUUAUGCAUGUUACUAUGUUAAUUAGUGUUUCCAACCAAUCAAAAGAAAAAGUAGGGAUUUGUGCAGAGUGACAAAGAUGAAAGUGAUACGCCUACCUCGUCUGAAUUGAACGUGCACCAUAUAUAUAACCAGAAUACAUGUCUGCAGUUUGUGUCGGGUACUAAGCAAAAUUAUAUAUCUGGGUGUGUGUAGCUUGUGAUUUUUGACCCACUGUGCAGGUGGAUAUAUCAGAAUGGAAACUAUUUUAUAUGUUGCUCUCCGUGUUUAUUUAAGUACGAUGAAG